UUUUGAACAAAAACAAAUAAUUACAUUAAAUGCGACUAAAAAGGGAGAAACAGACAUUUGACUAAUUAUCAAGAAGCUGCUAUUUACAUAUAGCUAUUUGGUUUUAAAAUAUCUUUUAUACAAAAUGUCAUUUACUUUUAUGAAUGCAUUGUUUUUUCUCCUACCUGUCCUGCAGGUGUCACUGUGGUCUCUUUGAGUGGUAGUAUUUUUGGGCUCUAGGCACACAAUAACAUGGAAGAGGUUGUAUUAAUCAUUUAAAAAUAAUAAUAAUAAUAAAAAUAUAUAUUUACUAGUCCACUUUCAGACAUUGUCAAUGUCAAUAUUUUGAUUCCAUUUAAAAAUAAAACCACAUUUAAAUGUUAUAAGUUGCUGUUAAUGGAAUAGUCCAUUGCUACACAGAGACGGGGGAGGACAAAACCCUUUCACGUGAGCAGUUUUAUGUAAUUUCAGUGUUUUCUUUUUCUUUUUUAAUCACAGAGUUUAAUAAUAAUGGGCAUGAAAAUUAUUUUAGGUAUUUUCUAAGCGUUCAAAAUCCCCUACCUUUGCCUAAUGGUACGUCCGGGCCUGUUUCUGUCAUCAGUCUCACCUGAUUUCACUUCCUAAUCUUCCACAGCUGCUUUCACUUAUGUUAAUUAUCCUCACUGUAUUGAAUUAUUUGGUUUUCAGUAUGUCCUUGUUAUGUUAACUGUGUUGUCACCAUUUUAAAGUUUUUCUUAGCUAUAUUUAAGUUGAUUUAUUAAACCUUUAAGUUUUUCCAUCACAAGACUGGUUUAGGGUUCUGCAUCUCUGGUUCCUGAGACGACACAGGAAUAAACCCUAAAAAAUCCUUUCAAAUAGAAGAAUCUGUCAGAUGAAGAGGAUAAAAAAAGAUCUUAGGACAGGUGUAGAUCAAAAAAAAAAAAGCAGACCACAAAUAAAAAGGCAUUUUGAGAAAAAAGAUGGAAUGUACAGAUGGCGUGCCUAUUUAAAGUAAAAAAAAAAAAAAAAAAAAAAAACACAAACAGCUUAUGAUAACAUUAGAGUCUUUAUGGAACAUUCUUGAAAAUUAACCUCUUAAGACCAGGGCUAACCCGCUACACACGUCAUAGGGGCCCCAGUUAAACAGAAUUAACCCAAAAUGUGAUGUCUGCGUAUGUGGCUACCGAGAAUUAAGAGGUUAAAAGCCUCACUGGAAAAAAGGAAGCUUUCAGCUCCUGUGGCUUUUUCUUCAUUAUCAUUCACAACAUUAAAAUGCACUAUAAUCAAAAAUGCCUUUUCGGUUAAUUUUUUUUCCUGCAACAAGCAAUUAUUUAUCAGGGCUCAAAUGUUAUUUUAGGAAAUUGCUCUGAAAGUUUGUCCUUCGGGGAAAUGGCUGACCUCAAGUGCAUCCUCUGAGAGGGAGAGUGCAGUGUAUGGCCUCUGUUUUCAUCCAAAGCCUCUUCACUUUUCCUCAAGCGUUCCCAUGCAUGGGAGCCUCCCAGCGGACGUUAAUAUAUGACGAGUACGUUUGUAGCCUGACCUUUGACUGAGAGUUUUAAUCAUAUGACACAAAGGCGAGCUUUGAAGUCGAGGCAGACUUCCUACAGGAUCCCUGUUGCUUUGUGCUCUGAACUCCCACUUGGAUGAAGAUGGAGCAAGCAGCUGGAAGUCCUCCCGGAUCGGGCCAAAAUCCUGUCAGAGCCGGGCCGCCGUCCAGCACAAGAGGGUUCCCAGGAGAACUCGCUGACUCCAUGUCCCGUUUCCAUGGUGACGGGGUUCGCUACAGGGCCAAGCUGAUUGGCUUGGACCCAGUACCUGACUCACAGGGAGAGAAAAUGUGCUGGGACUCCAUGAUGAAGCUGAAGGGCUUGGAGGCUGUUGCAAGAAGACAAGGGAAACAUAAACAAAAGAUUUGGCUGAAAAUUUCCUCCAGUGGUUUGAAAAUCGUGGAGGAAAGAACUGGGUAUCUUCUCCAUGACCAGGAUAAAAGCAGGAUCAGCUCACUGACGAAAGACACGUCCGACCCCAGAGCUCUGGCUUACGUAUACCAUCAUGAAGAUUCUUAUGUUCUGUUUUACAUCAAAACAGCCAAUCUGGCAGAUCCAGUUCUUCUUGACAUUAAAGAAGUUUGCCAGCAAGUUGACCCAAAGCCUUCAGAUGAACCUACAAAAGCACAAAAUGUUUCCUCUGGGAUUGAAAAGCACAUUUUAGUGUCUCCAGUUCAGGAAGCAUUCAUUGGGAAUGUGGACAAAGAGCCUGAACUGCCAUCAACACAGCCACAGCAGAGCUCAGAAAACAAACUCCCUCGAUAUCAACUCUUUAUUGUAAACUCUAAAAAAGACGAAGGACUAAACUUUUCAAUUACAGUUUAAUUCCAAGUUAAUUGCAGGACAAUAUUUCAUAAAUUACUGGAAAGUUGUAAUCUGGAUUCAAAUGAGGCUUCCUUCAGAAUCUGUCUUUUAUUCCUUAAUUUCUACUUUAUUUUAGGAUCAAAGUCCUCAUUUAAUUAAAGUUCACAGAAUACAUUUAGACAAAAAAAAAACAAUUUUUUCACUUACUAAACUGCUCCACAUUCUACUAUUCAUGUUUGCUCUCUGAUUCUAAAAUCCAAAAUAAAGAAAAACAAAUACAUUUGAUGGUAUUAAAAACCAGCUUAGAGACCAACUUCAAUAAAGUCUUGUUUUUAGUGUUUUUGAUAAUGGAUGACAUGUAUAAAGAAAAUUAAGAUUAAAA